GGGACCCGUGUCAGAAUAACCACUUGUUAAAAUAAUAGAGGUGAAACAUAAAAGACCUCUUCAAUCAUUGAAGUUUUCGAAGUAUAUUAAAAAGAAUCGUCAACAUGGCGCUGUUAUUAAGGUAAAUGAUAUCAGCUCUGGGAAUUUAUAUAAUUACAAGAAACAUACACGUCAUUUUCUCCUUUCUUAUAUUUUACUUAAUUCUGGAGUAUUUAUUUUGAGAUUUUAUUGCGCUCUCUUAAUAUGUUAAAAAUGCAGCUUGCCUUUUCUGGUGGUGUUGCUAUUCUUUGCUGCUGGCGUAGCAAAAAAAAUCGCAUAAUUUGGCAAAAUGAAGUUUCAAUCCUACGCCUACUCUGAAACUCAAAAGCCCUCGGAUUUCAUUAUUCUUCAAUGUUGUAGCCCAAGCUAAUAAAUAUCAACGCAUAAAAAUUGAUAUCUCUAGUGUUUGAAAAAGGGGAUUUUGCUUGACCUUGUUUAAAGUUUUAACUAUUUUUAUUUUCUCCUCACUCGUGACCUUGACAUUGUACUAUCAAAAGAUCAAUCUCUAUAUUAUUAAUUGUUAUGUAUUAUUAACAUUAGCCUGUAGAAAUUUUGUAACCUUUAACAUUGUAUAGUAUAGGCCUAAAUGAAAGUGAGAGCUUCUUGAAUAAGUUAGUUUCACUUUAAAAAUUAAAAUGUAUAAGCUCAUAGUUUUAUUAAUUAAUUAUAAUUAUAAUUAAUCAGUUAAUCAGGUCUGAACUUUUAAACUUAAAAUUCUAACCAGUAUCAGUGAUCCACAUUAAUACAUUAGUCAAAAUAUUAAUAUGAAAAUGGCUUAUUAUACAAGCCCAAUACCUACGUAAGUUAUGCUGACAAUUUGAAGGCUUUAACUUUACAGGGAAAAUAGUUAUGGCAUUUUGAGUAUUGAGAACAGGCGCUAUGUUUUUAAAUGAAAUUUAAAUAACCUCUGUCAAAUCCCGCGCAUUAAUACAUUAGUCAAAAUAUUAAUAUGGAAAUGGCUUGUUAUAAAAGCCCAAUACCUAAUUAAACUGUGUUGAAAUUAUGAAGGCUUUAACUUUACUUUUACAGAUAAAAAAGUUAUGGCAUUUUGAGUAUUGAGAGCAAGCGCUACGUUUAAUGAAAUUUACGUACCCUCUGUUCGUCAAAUCGCACACAUUAAUAUGUUUAUUGUAGUAUUUGCAUCACAAUGAUUUAUUAUUAAAGACAAAAACUUAAUUGAAAUGCGUUGCAAAUUGAAAUGCGUUGCAAAUUUGAAAGCUUUAACUUUGCUGAAUAAAAAGUUAUCGCAUUUUGAGUGUCAAAGAUGUCUUUUUUUGGUCACAGAAUUUUGGAAAAUAUUUACUAAGGCUAUAUAAGGAAAAAUUAUGACACUAAAAAUGUGAUAACUUUUGUUCUAAUUAAGAUAGAGAGAUAAAAUAGGUAUUAAUGGAAAGGAAAUACUGAGUCCUUUCUAGUGAUAUAAGUUUCAUUAAUAUAUAACAACUUUGACAUUUUUAGUGUAGUAGCUGGUAAUCGGUUCAGUGCCCAAGUUAUUAAGUUAACCAAAUUUAAAUAGUUUAAUGUAAGUGUAUAUUCAAUUCAAAUUGCAAUCGGAUUUCCGAGUAUGACUACUACUACAUCUACGACGACUUCUGCUAUGCGUAAAAAUUACAUUUACACAACUUCAACUAUGAGAAAGGGCUAAUUUGGAGAGAUAGCACCCUGGCGUCAUGUGCGUGUUUUAUCCCUGGUUCCAAUAGGGUAAAAACCCAGUUUAGGGAUAAGUUUAGAAUUCAGGUUAGGUUUAGGGAAGUAUUUAGGGUUCAUGUUAGGUUUAGGGAUACAUUUAGCACAUAAUGUGCGGGUCACGGCAACUAAGAUGGCGGCCACGGUGCUAUCUCUCCAAAUUUACCAAAACAAGUUAGGCUUACAUAAGUGACAUAAUACCAAUUUACAUAAGUGACAUAAUACCAAAAAGAAAUCGGGAAAUGUGUGUGUUGGGGGGGUGGGGGGAACGACUUUCCCCUUCUGAAACAAUAAAACAAAAAAACUAUAACAAAAUUUUAAAUCUCCCUUAACAAUGUUACAGUGCAGCAUGUUGAGAAUAAACCCUCUUAUUUGCAGGUAAUUCUUUAAAUCGUAAAUUUCAAGACGGUCAAAUUUCCACAGUACAAUGUAACUGUAUUUCUUUGUUCACCUGUUAACUGUUGCUGUAAUAAUUGUACAGAGACAGCUUAUUUUCAUUCUUUCCAUUUUAUUUUUCUUAGUCCCUUGUAAUUUUUACAUAUUCAGAUUAUCCCAACAUAAAAAAAAAAAGAUGUCAAUAAAAUCACCACAGUUACAAAAAAGCAUUUUUAAAAAUCCAACAGAAACGUCUAUUUUUGCUUGGCAAAGUCCAUCAAAUUUCUCAGAACUCCACUAUCUAGACCAACCAUAAUAGCUGGAUAAUCUUUUGGGCCAAGUGACUGUAACAAUCAGUCUAUACAUUGAAUAGUAUGUUUAUAUUUAUCUUUGUUUUUCUUCAGAUCUCUUGCACGCUCACAAUGCAUAUUGAGACAGACAUCUUUAACUGCAUUGCGGAGGUGAGUCAUUCUAUGACCAGCAUUUUCAGAAUAUAAAUAGUGUUUUACAUUUAGUCCUUAAAAUCGUUUGUUGAUACAUAAAUGUAAAACUAUUUAGUAAAAAUAAAGAAUUCUAUAAUGUAUUUGUUUGUUCCAAUGUUGUUGUCUUUAGGUCCAACAAAACAACCAGUGCAUAUGAAGAAAUGGGAACUUAUUGGGCUAGAAACAGAAAGCUGAAUCGCCCACUGUCACCUUUUCUUACAGUCUACAAGUAAGUUAUCGGGUGGCAAAAUAAAAAUUAAACUAAAUAUUAAAGUUAUUUUUAUUACAAGAUUUAGUGUUGUUGAUUUGCAAGCUCCAAUUUAGUUGCACUUAUACUUGAUAAUAUAGGAGCGGAUCUGCUUAGUUUAGGUUUAAUUACCUUAAGCUUAAUUUUAUUUGCUGUACUUUUUAGUAAAUAAUUAAAUACUCUCUAGUCUCAGAAACUCAUGUGAUCUAUCUCCAUUUUGAUAUACCUUUCUUCAUACAGGCCCCAUCUUGCCAUGAUGACCUCACUGACCCACAGAGUUACUGGUGUGGUUAUGCAAGUUGGUAAGUCAGUUCAAUCUAAGUUUGGGCAGAGACAAAGAUCUUGCUUAGUAAUAGUGUUUACAUCAAUUUCAGUUAUGUGUUUGUCAAAUCCAGGUACUUCAGCGUAUCUUGUGUGAUAUCUGAUAACAUUGUAUUUCUUCAAACUAUGACUCCGUUAUGAACACAAAAUUGUUUGCACUGUAAUUACCUUAAAUAAUAUUUAACUGGGAUGUAUGGGGAUGAAAGUCGACAUUAAAGGCUUUCUGGAUAUUAAAACUAACUGAGAAAACUUAUGACAUACUAACUGUCAUACAAUUUUUGAAAAUAACAACUGAGAUCAAGUCCAAAAGAUUUGAUUCUGAGCAUCAAAGUUUUGUGGCAUUGUUUUUUUUUUCAGUGUGCUCACCAAAGAUCUUUCGUCAUUAAUAAAACUCAGUGUAGAUCUCUUUUUCCUGUAUUACUUAAAAUUCAGUUCUUUUGGUUAACUUAAUAUAAUAAAUAUUUUCAGUUAUCUGUGGCACCUCUAUCUUACUGCUUUGUCUGCCUGGAGACUACAAAACCAACCUUGAAUACAUCCGUAACCUAAGCCUUGGUCCUGCCAUCAUAUAUGGUCUCAAGUAUAUCUUUGCCUUCCCAGUGACAUAUCAUUUCCUCAAUGGGAUCAGGCAUUUGGUAAGUUGAUUUUUUGUUGUUGUAAGUUUAAUUUUACAUUUUUUCCCCCUAAUCUGAAAUAGAUUUGCAUUUUGUGGAUCGCACAUUUUUUUGUGGAUACACUUGAAACUUUUGUUUAGUCGGUUGAGCCUUCUUCAUGCUUCCCUGAAAGGUCGUCAUAGUUGAUGACACAGAGUUACAGCACCAGUAUGCUGGGUCGAGGGAAAGGGGAAUUGGGGUGUUGAUUGAUGGGGAUAUAAGGAAAGGUGAUUAGUUUUAUCCCUGGAUAUAGAGCUAAGUCCCCAUGCCUGGGAUUUUGUAAGCAUUCGUUGUUAUUAAACUUCUUCUUUUGUGCAAAAUUUACAGAUAAAAAUUUUUAUCAUACUAAAAAAGUAGACAAUUUUAAAAGUUUAACAAAAACUUAGUCCAUGUGAAGCUAAUGAUAGUUGUUUUAAUCUCAACAGGCUUGGGAUGCCGGUCUGGGCUUCGGCCUGAAGACACUCUACAAGUCUGCAUACUUUGUCAUGGCCCUCACAGCUGUCGUAUCUACGUUUUUCGUAUUUGGCAUCAAGCCAUCUGUCUUGUAAAUGUGGCCAGGCGGGAAAGUGAUUUCAGUAGUCUGCACUGGGAUAUACUCAUGCCAAAUGUUGAUGAUGAAUGGCGGUUUCGUUCCAUAAGUUGUGUUAAAUCAGGUCAAGCAUGAACUUGCAAUGUAUGAAGUUGAAGGGUUUUGUGAAUCUCAAGAAAGCAAGCUCCUUUUUAAAUUAACUAUGUUAAAAGUCUGACUGUCGAAGACUUAUACUAGUUGGUUUCUGAUGCAGCUUUUUCAACUUCAGUUGUUGUGUUAAUAUUUGAAAAUUGCCUGAUCAUUUUUUUUGCUGCAUUCUUAAUCAAGGGCUGUAGAACUCACAAAAAUGGUAGGAAAUUGAUGUUUUUUAAAUUAUUGUUAAUAGUUAAUGUGAUAUUGUAAGGGGGAAAAAAAAUGUAGCGCUUUUUAUAUUCCUGAUUAACAAAAAAAUGUGGAUAUCUUUGUAGCAAUAAACAUAUGUAUCACACUUGAGUGCAUGUCAUGUUUGAAAUGUGUUACAUAUUUUUUUUUCUGAUGAAAAGCAAAUAAUUUUUGAAAAACAAACUAAAUUUCCAUUGAAGAUAAUAGUGGUUACAGAAUGAAAUAUUGUUAAACAAUGCUGAAGUGUGGCUCUUGAUUGUAGAUUGCAAAUAUCAUUUCUAUGUGAAGCUUAUUUAAUUACAGUUGUUUUUGUUGUUUGUUUUGAAUUGUGUAGUGUUUAUAACAUGUUAAGUAACUACACACCGUGAUAGAGCAAGAUUUCUUGUUUGUCAUAUAAAGUAAGUAAAAUAAAAAGUUCUUUUUAAGAAAAAGUCUUGUUACUUUUACUAGAUAUCUGUGCGAUAUUCUCAAUACCAAUAUUUUUUUUAGAUAAAAUUCUUAUGUAAAUGAACUAACUAGUACUAUGCUCAAAGAAUAGUCUUAUUAUCUAAAUAUUUAGUUAAUGUGAGUCGUUAGAUUUAAUUGAACCAAAAGAAAUAUUUAUUUUUCCCUAACAAAACAAAGUUAUAUAUUAACAGUCACAGUAACCUCAUAGUUUGAGGGGUCAGAGUGACUUUACAGUUUGAGGGGUCAGAGGGACCUUCUAAUUUAAAAUAAAGUUCCCUUUAUACCACCUUUUAUUUUUUUUAAAAUAACCUUGUAUAAAUUUGUUUUUGGCUUGGAUUUAUUUUAAAUAAAACAAUUCUCUUGCUGUGUUAAAAUUUUGGAGUCAUGAGAAAAUAAUCUGUAUUUUUCAUUAGGCGCA